AUGUUCGGUAAACUGCGCGAAAAGCUUCGCCGUGUUCGCAAAGGAGGCAGAGGCGAUGAUACUACGAAAGGAAACUCUCGUUCUACCAAUUUGUUCCAAGAGGGUAGGGGUGAGGCUGCGCCCGAACGUGGUCAAUUCCGGCUCGAGGCCGCCGAAAACGCGAAUGUUGACCGACCUAUCGAUGACACGAAGCAUCUAAAUGAAAGACUAGCUGAAGAAAGCUCGAAAUGCCUGGAAGAGCCUGAGCAAGAUGGGGUCGACUCCGACGUGUCUCCAACUAGCAAGCAACAUUCGAAGGGAACCUGUCUAGAAAAAGAAAGAAAAUCCGAUGACCCAGAGUUUGGAGCAAGGGCUUUGGAUAGAUUGAAGGAUGGUCACGAACAAGACGAAGCCAAGACCCCUGAAUGUCCUGUAUCUGAGACGAUACCUGCAGAUGAGAAAGCAGUUGAGAGAAGCGAUAAACCUGGUAAUGCAGGCCUCUGGCAAAGAGCUUUUGAUGAACUAAAUCAGGAUUUGAAGGGAAAGCUAUGUGAAGAAAAAGCUAUGCCUCUGGAAAAUGCCAUUCAAGAUGUCAUUGACAGAACGAAAGAGAACUUUGAAGCGUAUCAAAAUGGCGGACUGAAGUUCAAGAAGCAUGACGGAAAAGAAAUCAAUGUUCGUGAUGUGGCCAAAAAGAUUCUCAAUUCGGCUAUUCACUGUUCAGAAAUUGUCAAAUGGAUAGCAGCUUCGGACCCUAGUGGUCAUGCAUCAAGUGCGUGGGCAAUAAUCUCGCUUGGAUUGACAAUGGCCAAAAAUUUUGAGGAUCAGAAAGAAGCUGCUUUCAAAUCAUCUCAAUUUCUUGCUGAUAUCCUGGCUCGAUACGUUAUACUCGACAAUUAUUGUCGCACAGAGAAACUACCAAGCUCCGAUGGACUCGAUAAUGCUAUUUUGCAAGUAUACAAAGCAAUCCUAGAGUACACAGCAGAGGUGAAAAAGCGGCAGAGUACAAGCUUUUUGAAUCGCAUAGGGAACAGCAUCUUUCCAGACUCCGAUACAGAAUUGGCACAUCUCCGGUCUGCCGUGGAAGACCAGGACAAUAAAGUCAGAAAUUGGAGUCAGAUUCACACUCUGCUAUAUCACAGUACCAAGGGAGACGAAAUACUCGCCAGUAUUGAAAAGGUCUAUCAAAACACAGAGACAAUCAAGGACAAAGUCAAUUCGGAUGAAAUGGAUAAAAUUCUUGGGUGGCUGUCUGACAUUAAAUAUUCCCAGACUCAGGAUGACAACCAAAGGAUUCGAACAGACAACACUGGCGAUUGGCUUUUAUGUUCAGAUGAAUACAAACAGUGGAAGGCUACGCCUGGAAAGUUUCUCUGGUUAUAUGGACCUGCUGGUUGCGGGAAAUCGAUUCUUUGCUCUACCGUCAUUCAAGAUAUUAAAAAACAUUGCAACAAUUCCCCAUCGAGUAAAUUAUCCUACUGGUACUUUCAAUUCAGUCGCGGUGAGACACAAAACGUGAAAAACAUGACUCGGACUAUUAUUCGGCAACUGGUACCUGAAGAGCUUCCAAUAUCACUUGUAAAUCUAUGGAAAAAACAGAGCCAUCAAAACAGUGAUCCAGUCCAAGACGAGUUUUCAACAGUCCUCAAUGAUGUUAUUGAAUGUCAUAUGGGAGAUCAUUUAUUUCUUAUUUUUGACGCACUCGAUGAAUGUCCUGAUAAUGAGGUCCGUGAGAGAGAUUUGUUGCUUCGGCUUCUGAAGGGUCUGAUUGACAAGCACGGAAAUAAGAUCCAUCUUCUGGCAACAAGUCGAGUUGAAGAAGAUAUUCGCUGCCAUCUGGAGGAGAAUUUGAAUAUAGAUCCUGAGGACCGGAUAAAUCUGGAAGACCGAAUGAAUGAUGAUGUUGUGGCUUUUGUCUACAAGGCACUCAACCAGGGAAAGCUGAAAAGAUGGGAAAAGAACGAGCAAGUCAAACAUGAAAUUCUGGCAAAAUUAUUGAACACACACGAACAAAGACAUUUUCGCUGGACUCAUCUACAAAUUGAAUGGCUUGGAAAAUGUAAAAAAAAGGCCAAGAUCCUGGAAUCACUCAAAGAGAUGCCAAAAAGCCUGGGAGAAAUGUACCACAAAAUAUUUCAAGAGAUUCCUGAAGAUGAACAGGAGGACGCGCGCUCAAUACUCAUAUGGCUCAGUUUCUCUCUUACACCACUUGAGCUAGAAACGGUUGCAGCAGUAGUGGCCUAUCCGGAUCCUGAGGAUGUUGUCAAAACUUGCACUACCUCUUUGGUGACUGUUAGUCCAUCCGAUGGCACCAUCAAACUCGCCCAUUUUUCAGUGAAAGAAUUCUUGGCUGUCUCGAAUCCUACCCAUUGGUAUCAGUUUACUGCAAUUGGUGGCCAUGCGGAAAUAGUUAAUCGUGCCCUUGACGAUCUGCUUGACAAAACCGAGGAUAUUACUGCUAAAGAAUGUGCUGAUGAUCUGCCGCUCAUCAAAUAUGCCUCGACAUAUUGGAAUGAUCAUUUUUCAGAGCUUCCUGACUCUGAUAUUCAAUUUCCAGCCCUAGAAGAAAAGAUAUGUCGUCUGUUUGAAGAGGACAUAGUCUACUUAAACUGGCGGUCUGUGGCUCGAGAUGACUUUAAGCUGAUUGCAGGGGAUAUACCCAAAGAACAUUCAAUGUACAAUAGUACUGUUGAACCACCCAUCUGCUUGGCCUGUGAAAUGGGGGUGCAGAGUGUUGUUGAGAGACUACUUCUACAAGGGGCUGACCCUUUCACAACCUAUGAGAAAGGCUAUUACACUUAUACCACAUUCAAAGUGGCUAUCUGGAAUGGUCAUCUUACUAUUGUAAAGCAGCGGCUGAAGAACGUUGAGAUAUCAGAGAAAAUAGCUGAGGAUAUUGUGACUACCAUUGAUCUUCGUAAGGCUUCGCUUAAAGAAGUUGAAGACCUUCUGAACAUACUUUUGAGCACUGAUAUCUUAUAUGACAAGGAUGAAAAUGGACGUCUUGUUUUGUGUGAAAAUUUUGUUAUAGUCACAGCAGAGAAUCGCUCAGGAAAUCAGCUUAUGAGCCUUCUUUUGGAUAGGCAAGAACAGCUAGAGGUUCCUGUGACCGAGGAAGUUCUUGAUGCAGUGGCAAGGAAUACUAACUGCGGUGAAGAAACGAUGCGAAUGCUUUGUGAUAGGAGAGGGAAAGACAUUCAAAUCACCGAGAGACUAAUGUGGACAGUAGCCGAAAACUCUGGCAGAAAUCCUGGUAUACCAACUUUGGUCUUUGAAAAAUUUGGCGCUACCGUUCCUCUGAGUCACUGGACCAUCAGUGAUUUUGUGUACAACGCAACACCAGAAGUAAUGGAGUUUCUUUUACAGAUCCGUGGCGAUAAAAUUCAAGUUACAGAACGGUUGUUGCUCCAUGUGGCUAGAUAUCAGAGACAUUCUGGAGUGUUUCAAUUGCUCUGGAAAAGAGCGCCAGGCAUUGAAAUCACCGGGGAGCUUCUGUGGAGAAUUGCACGAGAGCGUAAAGGCCUCGAAUAUCUGGAAUUCUUACUCAGAGAAUGCCCUAAAGGCUGCUUCAUCGAUGAUAGAAUAGUCCAAAGAGUGGCAAAGUCUUCUUCUGGUCUGCCUCUGAUGCAAAUUCUUUUGGACAAACGAGAGGCAGGAUUGAUUGCUUUUCAUAUUUCCAAGAGAACAUUGAGAGCAGCUGCUCUUAAUUCACGACAGAUGAUGGACCUGGUCAUUAACAACGCAGGCCCGGAUGUUUCAAUCAAUGAGAUCCUAUGCCUGCUAGCUGGUUACCACUGUGAAAUAGAGCCUGUCUUGAAACAUUUUCUUGAGCUUGAUGAAAAUCUGCCAAUCAGCGAGGAAAUCUUAUGCUCAGCAGCUGCCAAUCUAUUGAAUGGGGAAUCUACUAUCUUGAAAUACUUGCUUGAGCUUGAUAAAAGCCCGCCAAUCAGCGAGAAGAUCACAGAAGAGGUAAUGGUAUCAGCAGUACGAAAUUACCGUCAAGGCGAAAAAGUACUCGAAUUGCUUUUCAACAAAUUCCCAGAUGCUCCAGUGACAGAUCGUGUCUUCGAGGCUUCUUGUUGGUACUCCAGGAAGUUGUCACUCUUGUUCAAACGAGGUCGUGAUCACAUGCAAGAUAGCCAAGUGAUAGCGAGGCUUCUUGAGAAGGAUAUUUUGAGCCUAUGGGAAGUGAAUGGUCUGCUUGAUAAAGGGCUACUUGACAUUGAUGAUAAUGUGGAGGCAGUGGGGGCCCAGAAAGCUUUGAUUACAGCAUUGAAAGAUCGGCAUCAGAUGGAAAAGCUGCUGGGUUUACGAAGAAGCGAUAUCCCAGUUACCGAAGACGUUAUACUGCAGGCUCUGAGGAACAUCUCAGUGGAUCCUGAGGCCUUCCAAAUGCUGACCGAUCGACUGGGAUCAGCAGUACCCACCACAGACAAAAUGUUGGAAAUGUCUCUUCUGAAUCAACAAUCUCGAUUCGUGGAUUCGUUGCUCAAAGAGAGGCAAGAUUGGAGUCUGCAACAGGUUUGGGAUGCGAUUUGGCAAAAUAAUCAAUACCACUUGAGAAAUAUUGUGAAAGUUGCGAAAUUUCUUCUGAAAUAUGGAGAAUUUGAUGUUUCACAGACCCUGCUGGAGUUCCUUCCACUCAGGGACUUCAGUGAUGAUGACUCUUAUUUCCGCCUUGAUGAGUUGUUUGAUCUAUGCGCUGAGCAAGACAUAUCAGCCCCUGCUAUCGAAAUGCUCACGGAGAUAGUAUUUCGACGUGUUCACGCGGUCCCUAUCCAGAGAUGCAUUCAUCGACUGGGUUCCGCGAUACCAGUUACCGAGAAAGUCUUUGAUUUGAUUUGGCAAAAUGAAAAAUUCUCUUUCAAGCAAAAAGUGAUACUUUCAAAUAUUCUUCUACAAUAUGGAGAAUUUGAUGUUUCACAGAAGCUGCUGAACCUCCUUCCAGAUGUCGAUACACAAGAGGGCUUCGACAACGAGGAUCUUAAUGAGUUGGUCAAUUUAUGUGUGAAACGAGACAUAUCAGCUCCUGCUACCAAAUUGGUCGCAGAGAUACUAUUUGAGCUUGGCCUGGAACAUACCAUCGAGAUUCAUCAGACACAAUCCCACGAUCCCACUCACGGAUGACCUGGUUCGACUUACAGAAAAGAAUAAUCGGGCAGAGAAGAAAGUUCUGAUGCGUGUCCUCAACAAGAAAAGAGCUGCGGACCAGAAGAUCGAGGUUGCUGGAACAAAGACAGAAGCAGAAGAAGCCUAGCUCGCGCCAUUUUGAACUGUUGAUCAUUCAAAGUCUGUAUCUAGUUGAAUAAAUUUCAACUCAAGAAUGGCCAUUUGAAUGAGACUUGUAUAUAUCAUAUGAAAAGGGCGAACAUGGCAGCGUAGCCCUAACUUACGUGGGAAG